GGAUCUCUCAUCCAACCGGUUGGAGGGCGACAAAGUGCUGCCCAACAUAACCCUGCCCGCCUUGCAAUUCUUGAAUCUCUCAAACAACAAAAUGGAUGGAAGUCUACCCGAAUCCCUCACAACCAUGACUAACCUUGUCAGCCUGAAUCUUGCCAGCAACAGCCUGAGUGGCAGCUUCCCUGAAUCUCUCACAACCAUGACUAACCUGGCUAACCUAAACCUCGCUCUCAAUUUUAUGGAAGGAACCAUUCCCUCAGCCCUGGGAACGUUGCACAAACUCUCAUUUUU